UAUAAGUGUAAUAGAAUAGAAAAACAAUAAUUUAAAAAUGUUUCGCACAGCUUUUGAUAAAAAUUUAGAUACUGCCACCAGCCACUUGCUACUGGAGCCAGAAUGGCCUUCUAUUAUUUUGAUAUGCGAUGCCAUCAAUCAAAAGGAUACAACUCCAAAGGCCGCUUUUGCAGCCAUAAAAAAGAAAAUGAAUUCUACAAAUCCUCAUACGGCUUACUACGCCCUAUUGGUUUUGGAAAGUGUUGUUAAGAAUUGUGGUGCUCCCAUGCACGAUGAGGUUUUUACCAAAGAAAAUUGCACAAUGUUUAGUCAAUAUUUGGAAUCGACUACUCAUGAAAAUGUUCGUGGUAAAAUGCUGGAAUUGGUGCAAACCUGGGCUUAUGCGUUUCGCAAUUCGGAUAAAUAUCAAGCUAUUAAGGAUACUAUGACUAUUUUAAAAACAAAAGGUCAUCAAUUUCCCGAACUAAAAGAAGCCGAUGCCAUGUUUACCAUGGACACUGCACCCAAUUGGACGGAUGGUAAAAAAUGUCAUCGUUGUCGUGAUGAUUUUUCAUUUACUAAUCGCAAACAUCAUUGCCGCAAUUGUGGUCAAGUGUUUUGCGGUCAAUGCACUAGUAAACAGUGUCCUUUACCUAAAUUUGGUAUUGAAAAAGAGGUACGUGUUUGUGACGGAUGUUUUGCUCAAUUGCAACGUCCCACUACGGUUAAAGCAACUACUGUACGCACUGCUACUGAGAGUGAUUUGCCUGCAGAGUAUUUAAAUAGUUCAUUGGCCCAGCAAGUACAGACACCUCCCCGUAAAACGGAGCAAGAAUUGAAAGAGGAAGAAGAACUACAAUUGGCUUUGGCAUUGAGUCAGUCCGAAGCAGAAAGUAAAAAACAACAGCAGCAACAACAAUCUUUAACAGCCACUGCUUAUCGCUUGCAACAACGUACACCCAGUCCCGAGGCACCACCAGUACCUAAGGAACCCCAAACAGAAGAAACCAAUCCCGAUUUGGCAAAAUAUUUAAAUCGUUCAUAUUGGGAACAGCGCAAAGUUAGUGAUUCACCUAUGGCUAGUCCAUCGGCUCCCAGUCCCAUGCCACCAACACCACAACCGCAGCAGCAGCAAAUGCCUUUAAGCGCUAAUGAUUUUCGUCCCAAGACAACAGAUGAACAAAAAAUUGAUGAAUUUGCUGCCAAUAUGAGAACGCAAGUUGAGAUCUUUGUGAAUCGCAUGAAAUCGAAUUCAAGUCGUGGACGCAGCAUUUCCAAUGACAGUUCAGUGCAGACUCUCUUUAUGACCCUAACAGGUCUGCACUCGCAGCAGUUGUCCUACAUUAAAGAAUUGGAUGAUAAACGCAUGUGGUACGAACAAUUGCAAGAUAAAUUAGUGCAAAUCAAAGAUUCUCGUGCCGCACUGGAUGAUUUACGCAACGAACAUGCCGAUAAACUAAGACGCAUGGCCGAGGAACAAGAACGCCAGCGUCAAAUACAAAUGGCCCAGAAAUUGGAGAUAAUGCGCAAAAAGAAACAGGAAUAUCUGCAAUAUCAAAGACAAUUGGCUUUGCAUCGCAUACAGGAGCAGGAACGUGAAAUGCAAAUGCGUCAAGAGCAACAAAUGGCUCAAUAUCGCAUGAAUCAAACUGCAUUUAAUUUUAUGCCCAAUAUGGCGGGAAUGCCACCACAAGGUUCAACCUUACCACAAAUGCCUGGUGUCUAUAAUCCUUACUCACCUAGUCACACUACGGCUGGGGCUGGAGCAGUUGGUAUGCCGCCUUAUACCACACAAGCUGGUAUGGCAGGUGUUUUGCCUGGCAUGUAUACUCAUGCUGCCGCAAUGCCAGGGCAACCACAGCCACCACAGCAAAUGAUGAUGCAGCAACCACCAAUAAAUCAACAGCAGCAGCAGCAAAUGGGAAAUCCUAUGAAUAUGAUGGGAAGAGCUCCACAAAUGCCAGAUCAACAGCAGGUAACUGCUUCACCACAUCAACAGCCACCCACAACACAACAACAACAGCCACAGCAACACAUGUUACCACCACCACCACAGCAGCAACCACAAUUAGCUCAUGUAAUGUUGCAACAACAAGUUAUGCACGGUCAAUCUCCACUACCCAAUAUUGGCAGUCCCGCUAAUCAGAAUGCAGCAGCAGUACCACCACAUCAGCAACACCAACAACAGCAACACCAACAACAAGUUGCUCCCACAACUAUGGUACAAGCUCCUCCACCACCGGCACCCCAAAACCAGGCAGCUGCUCCCACUAUUCCUACACCACAAGCCUCAUCCCAAAUUCAAGCUGUACAAUCAGCCCCUGCUCCUCCACAAAACGAACCCGAACCAGCUGCUCCACCAGCAGUAGAAGAACCUGCUACCGCUGAAUUAAUAAGUUUCGAUUAAAUUAUUUAAAAUUCUAGAUAUUUACUAUUUACACACAAUAAUUUUUUUAAUUAAAAAUUUAGUUUGAUUUUUUUAUUGUUUUGUUUGCUUUGAUUUUAAUUUAAUGCUUAUUUUUUAUCAUUCCUUUCUAUUGUUAAAAAUGUAUGUUUAAAAGAAAUUAAGAUGGAUUUCAUUCAUACAUUUGAUUUAUACUUGUAUUAUCAUUAUACUCUUUUAUUUGUUCUUUAAACUAUUAUUACUCUACGAUUACAUUAUUCAUACAAACAUAUAUAUUAUUACUAAGUAAAAAAAACGCUAAAACAAAUAGUAGUACUGAAACAUAUUAUUGCAAUUGUUUUAUUAAAUAAAAUUUAUAUUACUCCAAUUAAA